AUGCAGGCUUUGUACUCUUGCCUAGAAGAUAGCAAGAUCGCCGUAUUUGAAUCCCCCACUGGUACUGGAAAAUCUCUAAGUUUAAUUUGUGGUUCUUUGACCUGGCUUCGAGAUCACAAGCGAAAGGCUUUUCAGGCAACAGUCGAUGCAACAUGUGAUGAUGAUGAGCCUGAGUGGAUGAUAGAACAUGCCAAACGGGAAUCUAGGCGUGCCAUUACCGAAAAGAGAAAAGAAUUUGAGGACCGACUAGCCAAGAUUCAUCAAGAGGAAGAACGUUUGAAACAGGCCCAGGACAGCUCAGACCGACCACAUAAGAAGCAGCGAAUUGACGACUCAGCACCGGAGCUUGUUGAUGAUGAUCAAUUUGUUCUUGAUGACUAUGAUAGCGACACAGACAAUCAGAAAAAGCAGAACUCCGCGAAUUCUGACGGUCUGUCUGCAAGCACUUUAGCCUUGCUAGAACGGUUUCAAGGGAAAUUCUCGGCAAAGAAAGAUAAAGAGGAUGACGGAGAUGAUGAAAUCAAGAUCUUUUUUUGCUCAAGAACGCAUUCUCAGCUGAGUCAAUUUGCCGGCGAAUUGCGACGAGUCACCUUCCCAUCUAGUCUACCUAGCGAUCUCGAUCCAGAGAGCAAAGAUGAUCUCUCUAAACUGGAAGAGCGUGUGAAACACCUGUCGCUAGGGUCAAGAAAGAACCUGUGCAUCAACCCCAAAGUUCGGGCCUUGGAGAACAACACCGCGAUUAAUGAAAAGUGUUUGGAUUUACAGCAAGCGGGUGUAGCAGCCGACAAGAAGUGCACCUUUAUUCCAUCCAAAGAUGACGAGGCUCUGGCUCUUGAAUUCAGGGACCAUACUUUGUCCACAGUCAAAGACAUCGAAGAUAUUGCCCAGGUUGGGAAAAGGCUCGGAAUAUGUCCCUACUAUGCAUCUCGUCCAGUUAUCAAACAUAGCGAGAUCGUCACACUUCCAUAUCCCUUGUUGCUACAAAGAUCCGCUCGUGAUGCCCUCAAUCUGUCCGUAAAAGGUCAUAUCGUCAUCAUUGAUGAAGCCCACAACCUCAUGGAUGCAAUAGCUGGCAUUCAUUCGGUGGCUGUCUCACUAAGUCAACUGCAAACUGCCAUCGGGGAACUGACAACAUAUGCUCGCAAGUUCAAGAACAGAUUGAAAGGGAAGAAUCGGAACUACGUUGCGCAAGUCAUCCGGUUGGGGCCAAUGGAAGGCUCAGUGCAGACGUCAGAUCUCAUGGCCGGAAAGGGAGUUGACCAGAUAAACCCUUAUAAGCUCUCUAGAUAUUUACAGGAGAGCAAGCUCGCCCGGAAGGUUGACGGCUAUCUUGAAGCUUCGCAACAGUCACAACCUGGUCGGCCCAGGGAUAAGGUAACAAUGCCGGUUUUGUUCCAUAUUCAAAGCUUCCUUCUUCCUCUUAUGAACCCUUCGGAAGAAGGGCGGCUUUUCUAUCAGAAAAGUCAAGACGAUGUUUCCUUGAACUACAUGCUUCUUGACCCUACGAACCACUUCCGGGAAAUUGCAGAAGAUGCUAGAGCCGUCAUUCUAGCUGGUGGUACCAUGUCUCCGAUGUCAGAUUAUGUGAAUCAUUUAUUUUCGUAUCUUCCCCCAGAACGACUAGAGACAUUCAGCUAUGGUCACGUCAUUCCAAAAUCCAACUUGGUGGCGCAAUCCUUGACUCAAGGGCUAAUGGGAAACGAAUUUGAUUUUACUUAUGAGGCACGAAAUUCCGAGAAAAUGAUUACCGACCUUGGGCGUACGAUAGCAACCCUCUGUCAAAUUAUUCCAGACGGUGUCGUCGCAUUCUUCCCCAGUUAUGACUAUCUUAGUCAUGUUCUGAGUGUCUGGAAGAAGCCCAUCCCCAACGGUAACGGCCAAAGCACUCUCAAUCUACUGGAACGGAAGAAGAAGAUACUCUACGAAUCUCGCGAAGCCGUGGCAACUACAGACGAUUUACUGCGGGAGUAUACCGAGGCCGUUGAAUCAGGAUCAGGAGCAUUGCUUCUGUCUAUCGUGGGCGGCAAGUUGUCAGAAGGCAUUAAUUUCUCUGACAAGCUAGGGCGGGGCGUCUUUAUCAUCGGCCUGCCAUUUCCCAAUAUCCGCAGCGCUGUCUGGCAGGCCAAAAUCCAGUACCUCGAGCAGAAGGCUUACAAACUGGCUCCUGGAUCCGAGCCAGAAAGGAGAGCAGCUGGCAAAGCAGCUGGCAGGGACUUUUACGAGAAUUCUUGCAUGAGAGCAGUGAACCAGUGCAUUGGUCGAGCCAUCAGGCAUGUGAACGAUUACGCUGCUAUCAUCAUGAUCGACCGCCGACGGAACGAUCCCUUCAACGCCAAACAUCAACGGUCUUGUCGAAACACCCCCGCCGACAAGAUGCCUACCCGUUUCUCGAACACCCGGAAGCACCGCGGCCAUGUGUCUGCCGGUUACGGUCGUGUCGGCAAGCACCGCAAGUCCCCCGGUGGUCGUGGUAUGGCCGGUGGUCAGCACCACCACCGCACCAACAUCGACAAGUUCCACCCUGGUUACUUCGGUAAGGUCGGUAUGCGUUACUUCCACAAGACCAACCAGCAAUUCUGGAAGCCCACCAUCAACGUCGAUAAGCUUUGGUCCCUCGUUCCCGCUGAGCAGCGCGAUGCCUACCUGAGCGGCCAGAAGACCGAUGUCGCCCCCGUCAUCGACCUCCUGCCCCUCGGCUACUCCAAGGUUCUUGGAAAGGGCCGUCUCCCCCAGAUCCCCGUCGUCGUUCGUGCCCGCUACGUCAGCCGUGACGCCGAGGAGAAGAUCAAGGCCGCCGGUGGUGUUGUUGAGCUCGUCGCAUAA